CAACCCAUUCCCAGUUUGCAUUGGGCGGGCGUAUCGUUGGCCACGUCCCCGGGCCACGUCGCGCAGUACUCGCCAUUUUUUCACCCGGUCAUAGAAUAGCACCGAUAAAGCUGUCGGACAAGCACAUCACUGACUGUCUGACUUUAUCAGGAAGUCUAGUCUGACACCUGCAUUCUAAAUACAUAUAGUCUCAUUUUACUGAGAUAAGACCUACCAGUGUUCUGCGGCAAAAUGAACGUUUUCAGACUCACCGGGGAUCUUUCCCAUUUAGCAGCUAUCAUCAUCCUACUGCUUAAAAUAUGGAAAACCAGAUCAUGUGCCGGUAUCUCUGGGAAAAGCCAGAUUUUGUUCGCCUUGGUAUUUACCACUCGCUACCUAGACCUACUCACCUCCUUCAUCUCCCUCUACAACACCUCCAUGAAGAUCAUCUACAUCGGCUGCGCGUAUGCCACGGUGUACAUGAUCUACGCUAAGUUCAAAGCCACCUACGAUGGCAACCAUGACACCUUUAGAGUGGAAUUCCUGGUGGUUCCUGUUGGUGGCCUGGCUUUCCUGGUGAACCAUGACUUCUCUCCUCUGGAGAUCCUGUGGACCUUCUCCAUCUACCUGGAGUCCGUGGCCAUCCUGCCCCAGCUCUUCAUGAUCAGCAAGACGGGCGAGGCUGAGACCAUCACCACCCACUAUCUGUUCUUCCUGGGCCUCUACCGCGCCCUCUAUCUCAUCAACUGGAUCUGGCGCUUCUACUUCGAGGGCUUCUUUGACAUGAUCGCCAUCGUGGCCGGCGUAGUGCAGACCAUCCUUUACUGCGACUUCUUCUACUUAUACGUCACAAAAGUACUGAAAGGAAAGAAGCUGAGCCUGCCAGCAUAAGUGCCAAACCCAGCACCUCAGCAGAAUCGCGUGGGGGCACAGGACAUCGCUGCCACCGCGCCCAGUGUAAGAUGCCUGAGACGGAGUUCGAACAACAAAAACACACAAAAAAGAAAACAAGGGAUCUGCCACUGCUUCUUCUGCCGUCUUCUGAUCCAAUUUGUCAGCAGCUCCAGAACAAAGCCGAGGCCAUCCCGUGGCUUCAACCAACUCCAACUCCACCCCCCCACCCCACCCCGCCCACCCCCAGUCCCGUACAAGCCUUCGGAUUUCUGUUUUACGCAUCUUGCCUUAACCUUUUUAUUAUUCUGUAUAAAGGAAAAAAAACCUAAAAAAAACAAAAAACAAAAGUGUUUUUUCUACAUCAAAGGUGUUCUCUCCAAAAUUUGACAAACAUCAAUGUUUAAAACCGACAAAAAGCAAACAAAAAAAACUCUAAAACGCCUUGAAAUUGGCAUUGUGUGAUACUCAAGGGGACUUGUUCUUAUGGUGAACAUUGACUGUUUGUAAGAGGAUUUGAAAUCAAAAAAUAAAUGUGCGUUGUUUCCUGAGAUGAUGGAAGUAUCUGUCGGACGGUGUGCUCCCCCCUUUCCAGCCCCAUGGCAGUUAUUGAAUGGCUGUUGUUUUUCCUAUUACUCCGUUGUCAGCCCAUGUACAUUCCUCCACUAAAGAAUGCCAGUUAUGGAAGGAUGGUUCAAGCGCCAUGCUCCUCUUCUUUGUUUUUUUUUUUUUUUUUUUAAAUCAGUACAGACCAUUCAUUCUCUAUUACUGUUGGCUACAUUACAAAAAUGAAUACCCCUGCCCCAAAAUCCAACAGUACGGUUUAACCUUACACCUGUUAAGAAGUUGAAUUUCUGCAUCUGUUCACUAAAGUUCAUGUCAUGUAGUGUCAUGAUGAUGUCGUCUAAAAGGUAUAGAAACACUGCCUUAUCUUCAUCGCUGUAAAUGGCCUUGUUCAUGUAACUGGCAAAUAUCCUUUUUUUUUUUUUUUUAAUACGCAACCCAUUGUUGUAUCAGUAAAGUAUCAACUUGACUUUUUAGAUGGGUCUUUCAUUUCAAAGUAGUUUUGCCGACAGGAAGCAAACUGAUUAAAUCCAGUAACAUGGUGUGUAAGAUUUUGAAGCUUAUGGAAGAGAAUUUUUCCUAUCUUUCCUAUUAUUUGAAUAUAGAUAUGUCAUUUUGUCUUAAAUAAACAGCAAUGCCCAGAGAAAUAUAAACACGAUGUGCAUAUUGAUGAGCUCAUGAAAGUUUUGCUUUCUUGACUUUAACCAGUUUGAUUUAUUAUGGGCAUUGUUUCACAUUCUCCCAACAAUCCUCUCAUCUUUUUAUUUUCACACCCCAACCAUUCCUCUGUUCUCUAUAACUUUUUUCCCUUUUCUUUCUGUUUUUUAUUUUAUUUUUUAAAUGGAGCUUUUGCAUGAUGUUACCAUCUUGAAUAAAGAUUUUAUGGGAAACAC